AACAGCAGCAGCUCUGCCCAAAACAGCAGCAGCUUUGCCAACAACAGCUCUGCCCACGGGAUCUCGGUGCCGGACGAGUUCAGCAGCAUCGUGCUGCCCGUGCUCUACCUCGUCAUCUUCCUGGCCAGCCUGCUGCUGAACGGGCUGGCCGUGUGGAUCUUCUUCCACAUCAGGAGCAAGACCAGCUUCAUCUUCUACCUGAAGAACAUCGUGGUGGCGGAUCUGCUGAUGACAGCGACGUUCCCGUUCCGGAUCGCUCGGGACGCGCAGGGCCCGGGGCCGCUGAGCGCUCUGCUGUGCCGCUACAGCUCCGUGCUCUUCUCGGCCAACAUGUACACCACCAUCGUGUUCCUGGGGCUCAUCAGCGUGGAUCGCUACCUGAAGGUGGUGAAGCCCUUCGGGGACUCGCGCAUGUACAGCAUCACCUUCACCAAGGCGCUCUCRGCCGGGGUGUGGCUGCUGAUGGCGCUUUUGGCCCUGCCCGGCCUGAUCCUGGCCAGUGCCCGCCGCAGCCCUGGCGAGUGCCCGCAGCCCAGAUCGCCCCCGGGGCUGCUCAGGUGGCACUGGGCCGUGCUCUACAUCCACGGCGGCACCUUCGUGGCCGUGCUGGCCGUGCUGAUGGGCUGCUACGUGGCCAUCUCCCGCUACAUCCAGCGCUCCAGCCGCCAGUUCAUCAGCGCGUCCGGCCGCCAGCGCCGCCACAACCAGAGCAUCAGGGUGGUGGUGGCCGUGUUCUUCACCUGCUUCCUGCCCUACCACCUGUGCCGCGUCCCCUUCGCCUUCAGCCACCUGGAGCGCCUGCUGGGCGACUCUGCGCACCGCGUUCUCUACUACUGCAAGGAAAUGACGCUCUUCCUGUCCGCCUGCAACGUCUGCCUSGACCCCAUCAUUUAUUUCUUCAUGUGCCGCUCCUUCUCCCGCCGGCUCUUCAGGAAAUCCAACAUGAGGACGCGCAGCGAGAGCGUCCGCUCCCUGCAGAGCGUCAGGAGGUCCGAGGUGCGCAUCUACCACGAGUACACCGACGUGUGA